AUGGUGGUGAUGGCGCGUCUUUCGCGGCCGGAGCGGCCGGACCUUGUUUUCAUGCCACGGCUGUGGCUGGACUAUUGCCAGUUCCUCAUGGACCAGGGCCGAAUCACACACACCCGCCGCACUUUCGACCGCGCUCUCCGGGCACUGCCCAUCACGCAGCACUCUCGCAUCUGGCCCCUGUACCUGCGCUUCCUGCGCUCACACCCACUACCUGAGACGGCCGUGCGGGGCUACCGGCGCUUCCUCAAGCUGAGCCCCGAGAGUGCAGAGGAGUACAUCGAGUACCUCAAGUCCAGUGACCGGCUGGAUGAAGCCGCGCAGCGCCUGGCCACCGUGGUGAACGACGAGCGCUUUGUGUCCAAGGCUGGCAAGUCCAACUACCAGCUGUGGCACGAGCUCUGUGACCUCAUCUCCCAGAACCCAGACAAGGUGCAGUCACUCAAUGUGGACGCCAUCAUCCGCGGGGGCCUCACCCGCUUCACCGACCAGCUGGGCAAGCUCUGGUGCUCGCUGGCUGACUACUACAUCCGCAGCGGCCACUUCGAGAAGGCUCGAGACGUGUACGAGGAGGCCAUCCGGACUGUGAUGACCGUGCGCGACUUCACCCAGGUGUUCGACAGCUACGCGCAGUUUGAGGAGAGCAUGAUCGCAGCCAAGAUGGAGACGGCCUCAGAACUGGGGCGGGAGGAGGAAGAUGACGUGGACCUGGAGCUGCGCCUGGCCCGCUUCGAGCAGCUCAUUGGCCGGCGGCCCCUGCUCCUCAACAGCGUCUUGCUGCGCCAGAACCCACACCAUGUGCACGAGUGGCACAAGCGCGUGGCCCUGCACCAGGGCCGCCCCCGGGAGAUCAUCAACACGUACACGGAGGCCGUGCAGACGGUGGACCCUUUCAAGGCCACAGGCAAGCCCCACACACUGUGGGUCGCGUUUGCCAAGUUUUACGAGGACAAUGGGCAGCUGGACGAUGCCCGCAUCAUCCUGGAGAAGGCCACCAAGGUGAGCUUCAAGCAGGUGGACGACCUGGCCAGCGUGUGGUGUGAGUGUGGCGAGCUGGAGCUCCGGCACGAGAACUACGACCAGGCUUUGCGGCUGUUGCGGAAGGCCACCGCGCUGCCUGCCCGCCGAGCCGAGUACUUCGACGGCUCGGAGCCCGUGCAGAACCGCGUGUACAAGUCCCUGAAGGUGUGGUCGAUGCUCGCCGACCUGGAGGAGAGCCUGGGCACCUUCCAGUCCACCAAGGCCGUCUACGACCGCAUCCUGGAUCUGCGUAUCGCCACGCCCCAGAUUGUCAUCAACUACGCCAUGUUCUUGGAGGAGCACAAGUACUUCGAGGAGAGCUUCAAGGCCUGGUUUCUAAGUCCAGUUACAUUCUGA